UAAAUUUGUUAUUUCCUUGAGCUUUCUAUCAUCAUUCUGAUGAUGGAUUGCGGAGUGUGAUCCAAAACAUUGAUGUGAAAAAAAUCUAAUUCAGAAACAUCUGCCCAUAAUAGCCCAUAAAUUUCUUGAAUUGCAGUAAUUUGUGAGAAGAGAUCAUGGCAAAGUCUCAAGCUUCAAAACAUGGUGGAUCUGCAAGUUCUGAAUGUACAACCUCAUACAAAGAGACAGUAAUCUACACAACAUAUAUUGAGACAGAGAGCAAUGGUUUCAAGGAUGUUGUGCAGAAACUUACUGGGGUUUCAGAGGGGGAAAAGCUCCCUGUCACCAUGCCUGCAAGAAAACCAGGCAGAGGUAGAGCAGCAGGAGGGAUCAAACCAGAUAUCAGUUGUUGUGCAUUGAUGGAGGGUGGGAUUGAAGUGGGUGCUCAUAAAUCACCAUUAAAACUCCACCCAAGGAAGGAGUUUCAUAAGACAAUGGAGAUUAAGCUGGAUCUCAAUCAUGAUACAACAUCAAUGUUAUCAUCAGGUAAUCAUGGUGUGUUGUUUCAGAGCCCAAUCACUUCUCUUGGACAUGCUGAUCCAUUUGUUUCAUCAUCAAGUCAUUGCUGUUUUUCUUCUUCUACACCAAAUUCCUGCAAUGAAUCCUCAUAUUUGGAAGAAGUGAAUGAAUUUGGUUUUGAGGGUCCAUUGAUAAGAUUGAAAAGGGAACCAGAGUUGCUUCCUCUCUUUCCCCUCCAUUCUCCAAUGCAUCCCACAAACACCUGAAUUGGCAUAUGCUGUUGUUUCUUUUUCUGUAAUGUCUAUGAAAGAUUGUUUAUUCACUGUACAACACUAUGUGGAUAUCCAAAUGAAUUUAAGGGUCUCUAUC